UCUGACGCCACUUGUUGGAAAUGUGCACUCUCUUGACACGUCGACAUUUGUGCUGCGAAAUUUUUUCAAACGCCGCUAUUCAGCGAUAUCGUGCGUGCGUCACGUUCGCAACAGAUAUAUUUAUAAACGAAUUGAAGAUCUAGAUCAACAGUGACAAUUGAUUUAGUGAUAGGCUGUCUACUUGUCGUGUAUGAUCGAACAUACUAAAACGUGCAGCAUCGACGCGACUUGUCGAAACAUCUGACAUGGUUCGCUGAAGUAUUUCUGUGAUUACAAAGUUAUGAAGGUCUUUCAUACGGUCCAGUAUCGUGGACGUUAUCGAUAUUUACUAUAUUGACGAAAUACACCGGAGACACGACAACACCUGAUGACGGUUUCGCGAAACGAUGACGAGACCUCGAUAUGACAUCGUUUGCUUCGUUUUAAUUUUACUUUCAAUUUUAAUUCACGUCAAGGCAGACGCGCAGGAUAUUUCGAAUGCCCAGCAUUUUUCUGAUACAAAAUUUAAUUCAAAUGAAUAUUUGGAAUAUCCUGAUAAUGAGGAAAGAGACAGAGAAGCUGUAGCACAACUGGAUCAGAUACAGCACUCGAAAGACACCUAUUUGAAAGCUAAUGAAAAUGAGCUUGCUAAUCAUCCUAAAGAAGAAUCGAUAACUUCACAGACUUCGAAUAAAAACAUAGUGUGGGAUCGACAAUGGGCAGCACAAUUGAAUUUCACUCAAGUAUCAGCUGUUUCUAUGGAUCCAAAUGGCAAUGUCGCUAUAUUUCACAGAGGAGAUCGCAUUUGGGGGUUUGACACUUUCGAUAAUGCAAACAGGCUUAACCCCACCUAUGGACGAAUAGUGCAAAACACAAUUAUACUUCUGGACAAGAGUGGAAAGACGUUGUUAGAAUGGGGCAAGAACAUGUUUUAUCUUCCACAUGGUCUGACCGUCGAUCACUCUGGAAAUUAUUGGAUUACCGAUGUGGGAAUGCAUCAAGUAUUCAAGUUUGAUGCUCAAGAUAUAGAGAAGCAUAUGGAUGAAUUGAAGCGCGCACAAUUUAGCACGGAAAUAAGCGUGUCUGAUCGUCACGCCAGUGCGUCAUUCGAAAAUAGCGUACUGAAACCAUCCAUAAUUCUGGGAGUAGCUUUUGAGCCCGGUAACGACGAGAUCAGAUUCUGUAAGCCGACCGCAGUUGCUGUACAUACCAAUGGUGACUUUUUCGUCAGCGACGGAUAUUGCAAUUCUAGGAUAAUCAAAUUCAAUAAGAACGGAGAACGGAUUCUGCAAUGGGGACGUCACUGGGGUGUUGGAGGACCUGUUUACUCACAAUUACCUCCACCGAACGCGUUCGUCGUCCCACAUGCUUUAGCACUUGCGAGCGCGUUAGACUACAUUUAUGUCGCUGACAGGGAAAAUGGCCGUGUCUCAUGUUUCUUUGCCAGCAACGGUACAUUCCACAAGGAAUACAGCCAUCCCACUAUUGGUACAAAAAUCUACAGUGUCGCCUAUGCUCGAGAAAAAUUAUAUCUAGUCAAUGGACCUGAUUUGUACAGACCACAUUCUGUACCGGUACGAGGUUUCGUGCUUGACAUAUAUUCUGCGAAAAUACUCUCUAUAUUCGAGCCCAAGGGAGGCAUGAAUAAUCCACAUGAUCUCUAUGUGACUGAAGACGGUGCCGAGAUAUAUGUAAUAGAAUUAAAUAAUCACAAGGUUUACAGAUUUCUACAAGGUGUAAAUGAUUCUACGCAUUCUGAAAAUUUAGUGUCCACCAAUCGUCGUCGACCUAAGAUUCUAAUACAUCCUGAUACUAAAGAUGCCGAUGCUGAGAAAAGUAAUAUGACAAAAUUGAUUUUAGGUCUUGGCUCAGCUGCCAUUUCAUUUAUUAUAAUAUGCGUCGCUAUUGCUGCCAUUGUAGCAAGAUGCCAGAAAAGAGGAUGUUUACUCACGAUGCGGAAGAGGAUGCGUUGGGAAGCGGAAAGACGGGAAAACUUCAAGCUAUCUAGUUUGCUGGAGAAUCGCCGAGGCCGGAGCUUCAAGUUCUUGGAAAAGCGUCCGAACACUCGCGACUUUAACAAAUUAAAUACGGAGCCGGAAACGUCGGAGGACGAGCAUCCCGAGAACAGCCUCGCGAAAGUUAUUUAAAGCGUUUUGCGUGAACGCCAAAAUUGCGUCAGUAUUACCGAACCGAGACCACGGAUUCGCGCUCGUUUGCUCACUAAUGUUCGACGCGAUCGCGGAAUGGGCGCGAACUGUACUCUCCUUUGAAUUCUGGGAGCGUUAGUGCCGACGAUUGCCGAGUGGGCCCGAGUGCGGCCGACGAUAACUCGCGAAGGUACGUCGGCUUACUUACGAUCGCAUGUACAGGGUGAGUUAUUUGACAUUACCAUUUGGUGUAACGUAUUUACCAUGAAAGAUUUUAGCAGAAAAGUAUUAGAAAUAGAUGGAGAGAUGCCGCGAUGUAUGCGAGGACAAACCAAGCCGCAUAAACUGAAAUUAAAUAUGUAGAUCAAGUUAUAAAAAAUCACAUUUUUUAUUUGUUAUAUUUUUACUGAACUUAACGUUUGUAUCUGCAUUAUACUAUAUAUAUAUAAUUUAAUCUUCAUAUACAUUAAUUAUUCUCUUACUUUCUAUUCUUUCAAAUGUUUCGUAGUUAACAAUUAAUAAUCAGUUAUACUUUAUUAAGUAAAAAAAAGUCAAACGAUACAUAAAAAAAUUUACAAAUCAGAGCAUUUUUUAGGUAACAGAUGAUUAGAUGACGAAAAAUUGUUUAAGACGGUAAUGUUAAUAGCUUAAACUGUGUAUACAUUUCAUAAUAAUCAUGCACGUUUUCGCUCGAUUGUUAAUAUGAUAGCGUUUGCAUUUUUGAGCGAUGUUUUUCCAAUUUAAUAAAAACUUGAUCGUUAUACGAGAUAAUCGUGCAUAAAAACGAGACUUACCUGGAACGAAGGAAAUUAAAUCCUGUCCUUUUUAAUAAUUACAGGCUCUCAUUCUUAUUUGCUCUUAAAAAGAUACAUAAAAAGAUAUAUAAAAAUACGUUCACUUUGAUUUUCAUUGGUAGAAAUUAUUUACAUAUAUUUAAAUAAAAUUAAUAAAAAUAAAACAGAACAUCUUCACAAAUUUAUCAAGUUUAGUCGAUUUCUCAUGAAUAUAUAAAUAAGUGCAGCUUUAAAGACAGCAGACUUAUCGAUUACUUUUAGACAAGGACAAGUUCGAUGAACGUGUUUGUCCUAAUCCGUAGUAGUAUUUACGGAAGUUCAUAUAAAUAGCCGUGCUUUAUGACAACGUGCCUCGAAUUUUUCCAAUUGCACACAGUGCAUACGUACGUGCGUGACGUGCAAAACUGAAGUCUAAAGCUCGAUUAAAAAUAUUCUUCGUAUUUACCCUUUCUGAGUAAGAUUUGCUCCUAUCGCAGAUAAAAGGCACAACGUCUGCUCGAACGAUGUCUUCACGCAUGUUGCGACACACUGUUGUUGAAUUGCAUUUUUUAUUCGAUUAAUUAUUCCCUGAUUUAUAUUACAUGACUCACACGUAAUACGUUGCGCCAACAUAUCACUACGGAAUGGACAUUGAUGCGAAAUUUGAAGGGACACGAUUGCUCGAACAUAAGAUCUUAUCCAGAACUAUUUUCCACUUAAAUCUAUCUAGCAUAUAUAUUUCUGACGUGUAUAUGCAAUGUAUAUCGCUGAUAUUCGAAGUAUUGAAUUAAUCUGUGAAAGACUGCAUGUAUACAUACGUUGUUUCCACAGAGUCGACUUCAUUUAUCCCUUUCGAUAGAGAGUGCUCGGUGUUAAUUUAACAAAACCCGUUGUCUUCGUAUCUCCAUCGUAGCAUAUUCUACGAGCCAAUGAAUAAAAUAUACAUACGCUCAAUUCAAUCCUAUUUCCGCUUUGUGACGAGCGCUAAUUUAGAUCGAUAUAUCGUAGGUAUAAUUUUAAUUUCUAAUUAGAUUUUUCCCUUUGUAACUCACAGUGCAACAAUACAUUCUCUCUGUACAAUGUAAGGGGGCGUAUAUAUAU